AUGGAUCACUGGGACCCAGCGUUCUUGAAUCCACUUGCCGCUGCGAGGCCGAUCAUCAUCAUGGACAACGCGGGCAUCGGGCGCUCCGGAGGCCAGGUUGCGAACGACUACAACGACUGGGCCCAGUAUGCCAUCGACGUGGUUUCCGCCCUCGGAAUCGACCAAAUUGACCUUUUCGGCUUCUCAAUGGGCGGCAUUGCAGCUCAGAUGGUCACUCUCCGCGCCCCUCGACUGGUGAGACGCCUGAUCCUCGCCGGGACUAUUCCGAGCACAGGAGAAGGCGUUACGCUUGCGGACCUGGGCCCGUUUGAGCAACUGCGAUCAGCCGUCACUGAGGAAGAACAGAAGAAUGCCUUCUUGGAUACCUUCUUCGAGAAAUCCGAUACCAGCCGAGCUGCAGGCCUCGAAUCGUGGAACCGCAUCCAGUCCGCGCGCCAGAACCGGGUGGACUACCUCAGCGUCGAGGGCGGCAACAGGCAGGCUGCUGCUUUUGCAAAGUCCAUGAAUCCCGCGCUUGCUGAUAGGGGUUCAUACAACCGAUUCCAUGAAAUCAAGAUCCCGGUCUUCAUCGCAAAUGGAGGCAACGAUGUCUUGUUGCCUUCCGUGAACAGUUUCGUCAUGUGGGAGAGACUCGUGAACGGCGAGCCCCAUCUGCAUCUGUUCCCCGACUCCGGACAUGGCUUCCUGUACCAGUAUGCGGCUCAAUACACUAGGAUGAUCAAUGAAUUUCUCGACAUGCCAUCAUCACCGAGAAGUCGCCUUUAG